GCUCGCUUUGUUAGAUUUCACAGAUAUUUUGGAUUGUUAAUAAUUUUCAUAUGUGAUAUAUCCUUCUUCAUCAUUAUGAGUUUAUAAAUUUGAGAUCUAAUUCUUAUGGUAAGGCGUACUAACUAUUUAAUUUUUAAAUGGCAAUCUUGAUUCAAUGAUGAUCAGUGAUGCCAAAACAGAUGUUAAAGAAUGAAACACUAUGGAGUAUGAAAAGUCUCUAGAAGGAUAAACAUGGCCUCACGACAUAAUCACGGCGUACAAAGAGUUUUAGCUAAAUUAGAAGCGUCAGUAAAUUCGGGAAAUUAUUAUGAAGCCCAUCAAAUGUACAGAACUUUAUAUUUCAGAUACCUCACCCAGAAGAAAUAUUCUGAUUUAUUGGAAUUACUUUAUAAUGGAUCAGUACUUCUUUUACAACAUGAUCAGUAUGCUAGUGGAGCUGACCUAGGAAUAUUGUUUGUGGAUGUGUUAUCACAAUCUGAGACCAAGCCAUCAUCAAGUUAUUUUGAAAAAAUUACGGGUUUAUUUAGUUUAAUGAGUCCAACGUCUCCAGAGAGGGAAACCUUUUUGCAAAAUGUGCUAAGAUGGAGUUUAAAGGACACAGACUACAAAACUGGUCAUCCUGAUUUACAUCAAAGAAUAGCACAAGUAUUCUGGAAAGAAAAAAAUUACAUUAUGGCUAGGCAACAUUUCCUGCAUAGUAAGGAUGGCUCUGGUUGCGCAGCUAUGUUGGUUGAACUUCAUGAGCAACGUGGCUAUUCGAGUGAAAUAGACCUUUUCAUUGCCCAAGCAGUUUUACAAUACUUGUGCUUACAAAAUAAAGCAACAGCAGAAGAGGCAUUCAACUCGUACACCUCGCAACAUCCCAAAAUAACUAAGGGACCUCCAUACUUUUUUCCCUUAUUAAAUUUCUUAUUCUUUUUGCUGAAGACUAUUGAAACUGGCAAGCUAGCCAUUUUUACAGUGCUUUGUGAGCAGUAUAAAUUGAGCCUUAAUCGUGAUCCAUGCUACAGACAAUACUUGGACAAGAUAGGUCAACUGUUCUUCAAUGUUCCACCACCUCGUCCACGUAGCCAGGGUCUCUUUGGUUCCCUCCUUCAGUCCUUCUUCAAUGGCUUAGAGGAUGAAGAUUCAGACGAAGAACAGCGAAACACAGCCUCAACAUCCCAUGCAGCUCAGGAGCUCGAUUGAUUGACGGUUAGUCACUAUUAUAUCGUGGGUGUGAUGUGAACGACUGAAAGAGAACAUCAACAUAUGUAUAAUAGUCCUUAAUACUUUCAACACACACUGUUCGUAAUAGGUUGUGUUGAAAGAAUGUUGCAUUGAAUUCAUCGGGUAGUAAAAUACGAGCACGGUUACCAAAGUCCGGAGUGUCUGUGGGCGUGAAUAUUAGAAAAAAGAACUUUAACCUUAUUCUGAAUAUACAUAUAUGCUAAAUUCAACAUGGCUAACGGAUUUUCAUACUGAUAUUCAUGUUCUUCAAUAACGUAUUGAUUGAUGAUUAUCAGAUACACCUAACUCCACGGUUAAGGUAACUGCUCUAGUUUCCAGUCUAACAACAACGGUGGAGUUUCGUGGCAACCGAAUAAACUUGCAGAAAUUUUAUUAAAACCAUCCUAGAUGACACAGGACAUAAUAUAUAACAUAACAUAACAUAACAAUCGAAUUUAAAGCAUUAACUUAUAUGUGGAUGAUAUGAUGCGUUCUGUAAAAAAAAUUUUAGUCGAGUCACACUGAGGUUAAGAUACUGCAUUAAAUUCAACAAAUCGACUGUGACACAAUACUGGUAUUUUACUGGCAAGCCAUUCUUCUCUGUAUGGUACAUUUGAACAAUUUAAAAAUUGUAUAUUCGUGUGUAACAACUGGAUCGAUAUUUUAUAUAUGCUGAAUCGUGUGACAAAUAAAAUGAACAACGUAUAUUUCAAGCUGCCGAUGGCGCGUGCUUCAUUGAAAUCGCUUAUUGCUAAAAAAUAACUUGUGCAAUAAAAUCAUGUUUCUGAGCAAUGAGCGAUCAAAAAUAUAUAAAUAUAUAUAUUUGUUUAGAUAAAAUUGAGCCGGGCCAGGGUGAUCGAUACUGAGACGCGUGUAAAAAUAAGCUCCGUAUAUGAAAAUAAUUGAAGUAUCUGACAAUUUAUCAGAAUAAGGUCAUCAGAAUCAUGUAAUGAAAUAGUUUGCAGUCGUUAUUAUAACAGACGGUAAAUAAUAUUAUAACAAAGUGGUAAGAAUAGCAGAAAUGGAUAAUAUUUAAUUGGUAUCCCGAAUUUUGUAAUUAAAGCGUUGAGAUUUAUGGAUGACUCAACAGUGAAAAAAAUGUACAAAUACAAUUGAUUUUAAAUUCACGAAGACUCAUUUAGUACCGAUCGAUAAAUCGUCUUCGAAUAUUCAUCGGCGGGUUAGUAUUUGUGCGCACGGUACCACACGAAUAAAUUUUUUCACGCUGCACUAACCACAAUAUAUUUAUGUACAAGAAAAUAUUAAUUUCAAAGUUAUCUUUAAAAGGAAUAAAAAAUCCCAAAAUAUCGAUUAUUUUGCCUUUAUAACGUGAACGCGAGUUUCUACGAAUAAUAAAAGUUAGUCGAAAUAUCUGUUUUACAAAAAGGGGAUGAAAGUUUGAUGAAAUAUGAAAAAUUUUAUCGCCGCAUGUAACAAUACGCGAUAUACUAAUCAAUUAAAAUGGUAUUUGAAAAACAUACACCUCUUCUUUGUUUAUUCACUCAGCCCAAUAUACAACAAUACGAAACAUAUAGCAUCUAUUUUUUGUUUUUUAAAAACAUUCAAAAUCUGUAUAUUC